AUGUCUUCAUCGCAGCUCACUAUAUUUUGCAUCAUCCUGAUUGCUUUAUUUCCUCUUCAUGAAUUUGUCAAUGGCCAAGGUGGUAAAGCGGGUAAAUUUUAUUGCCAAGCACUCAAUUGCGACGCUAAUGACAAAAAUCGCAGUUGUUUUAUCUGUAAACGCCCAAAGACGUCACAUCGUUUCAACAGCAUGGCAGAAUGUAAUGCUGCGUGCCACGCAUAA